AUGAUCAAGAACUGGACGGUCCCUGGCGUACUGGCGAUGGGACUGUUGCUUUCCAUUCUGGGGGGAAUCGCGUUCUCGACGCUUGCCGGCCCAUCCGGCAUCCCGUCUUUUGAAGGAUGUUAUGCAGCAAAUACGUCAUUCAAGAACACCACUGAUGCAAGCGCUGAGGACCUGGAUCACAAGGUGGGAUGGCCCAUGCAAUCAGCAGAAAGAUACCCCUAUCUGGUCCGUCUGCAAACUGGGGCACACGCAGGAUUCUGCACCGGAGUUGUCAUCCACAAGCAGCUCGUCCUGACCACGGCGAGUUGCAUUGACUUGGCGGGACCGUAUCCCAACGUCGUGCUUGGCUACCCUGGCUGGAGUGGAGGGUGGGCGCCUGGAAUACAGGAACUGCGUGCCGAGUGGGCAAGCAUGCACCCCGGAUGGAAGGGCUCGGCUGCUGGCUGCUGCAACGCCGCCAUUGUGAAGCUGCCCAAACGCGUGAAUGUGACGGCUCCCACCCUCGCCGGUGAAAAUUUCGCUGUUUACAGAGGUCUAAUUUUGGAAGGGAUCAACCCAGCGGAUGUGCCGAAGCUCUCCCGAUGGAAGGCAGUGCAGUCCAGCAUUUGCCAGGGACCUGGACAUAGUCAAGAGGGAUCCUUUUGCCUCGUGCCAGAAUCGGCGCAAUCCAAUGCUGGUGUGAUGGCAAUGAUUCUGGACAACUAUUCAAUGGGAAAUGGCACGGCGAGAGGCCUGCCUGGACUGGACCUCUUCGUUGGCCUCUGCAUUCCGACCAACUCCACGUUUGAAAGUGAAAGUGUCAUUCCGGGCUCAGCGCAGGACCGCGCGGUCGACUGUGCGAGCAUCAGUGGCAUCAGAAAAUGGAUCGAGCAGCACAAAUCCCAAGUGUGA